AUGAGACAUUUCUCCGCUAUUCUCUGCUGCUGUCUUGUGGCUCUGGCCAGCGCUGACAAGCUUGGCUAUAAUUACCAGCCAGUGGAACACUCGGGCUCUGGCCUUUCGUUUGCGCCUGGCGGUGCAGCCAGCAAUUUGGCGCCUUCGUAUGCAUCUGAACCUGGCUCUGCCGUGGACUCCGGUAACGCAGGCAUCGACCAGCCGUCAAAUGUGGAGCCCAGCUAUCAAUCCACUGGCUCCAAUGCUCAGCCAACGGCUGAUGCCCCGAACUAUGCCGCAGCGCAACCUGAGCUGGAAAAGGAAUUCUUCACUUACACUGCCAACGAGGAAGACUUCAACGACCCCGCUGCAUCGGAGAAGGUAUCCAACUCUCUGAACAAAGCUCUGCGCGUUGUUUUCAUCAGGGGUCCCGAAAACCAUGGCCUGGAGCAUGCGGCUCUAGCUCUAGCUAAGCAGGCCGGCCAACAGGAAACUGCCAUCUAUGUCCUGAACAAGCAGUCUGAUAUUGGGGAUCUUGCCAACAAACUGAAUGCCGUCCGCAGCAACAACAACAACAAGCCCGAGGUGCACUUCGUCAAGUACCGCACUCCUGAGGAUGCUGAGCAUGCACAGCACGCUAUUCAGGGACAGUACGAUCAGUUGGGAGGAACUUCCUCACACCAGGAUGGUGGAGUUGCCCCUUCCCUCAACUUUGCGUCUAGUGCGCCAGCGCCAGUUGCCGCAGAACAUCCAGCGGCUUCCGCACCUGCCCAACACAUAGCCCAGCCCGAAGCCACGCAGCCCAUUUCCUCAUAUGUUCCACCAGUGACGCCAGGCAGUUCAUAUUUGCCCGCGAAUAUUUUGCGCCGCCUGCGUUUCUAA